AUGCUUCACGUAUUUUGGAACGAAAAGACAGUAAAGUUGUGGGAGAAGCUAUCUGCCUACAAAUGGUUCCACGAACCGCUACAUACCCGGCUCCAUAUUAGCGACAACCUGCACAGGUGGCUCUCCAAAGCUAGGGUAGCGCUGAAGCCUUUGGACAAGAUGAAGGACGGCUCGAUCAUUGUCCAGCUGUUCUGGUUCAAGGGAACAAGCCUAAAGCCCCAGGAGUUUCUGACCAAGCCACUCGAUUCUGUGUCUCUUGAAGACGUCUUGAAGCGAGCCGGACUCGAAAAUAACCAGGAAUGGGGUCCGCCGGCCUUUCGAGCGGACGGCCAUAAACUCCAGAGUGGCCAGCUUUUGUGGGAUCUUACUCGGGUUGCGGCCAUAUGUGGUGCGAUCAAUGAAGCAGAUGACUUGUUGGAUGUGGACGAUGUGGUGGACUGUAUGAAUUCAUGUGAGGGCGAGGGCGAGGGCGAGGGCGAGGGCGAGGGCGAUGAAUAG